AUGAUAACAAAUAAUCAUGGUGACUAUGGUGCAAUUGAUCAUCAAAAUAAUUCAACAUCAACAAAUGGUAAUAUCUUAUCGAAUCUAUUUUCUCGACGAAAAUAUACAAAAAUGAAAAAUGCUGAUGAAGAAAUGUCUCAAAUUUCUAUUAUUGAGCCUUCGAUGAAGACAGAAGAAAUUACAAUGAGUUGGUCAAACAUAACUGUCGAAGUUAUUCAAAAAGAAAAGUCUCGUUUAUCUUUUUGGUCGAAAACAGAUUCAUCAACAUCACGUCAUAUUCUUGUCAAUGAAGUAUCUGGUAUAGUUCGACCAGGAGAAGUUCUAGCAAUAAUGGGCACAUCUGCAGCAGGUAAAACAACAUUACUCAAUGCACUCAGUGGUUAUAGUGAUAGACGAGAAUUGAAUGUAACAGGUUCUGUGAUGUUGAAUGGAUGUGUAACAACAAAUGACGAACGAAGAUCAUCAAAUAUUAUUGGUUACGUUGAACAACAAGAAUUAUUUUGUGAAACACUGACAGUUGAAGAGCAUCUCUUAUUUCAGGCUAUGUUACGGAUGUCGUCGAAAAUAUUGACUGAUAAUGAUCGACGAAAAUGUGUUUUGGAUACAAUAAAAUUAUUAUGUAUGGAAAGAUGUGUAUCGACUACGAUUGCAAAAUUAUCAGGUGGUGAACGAAAACGAUUAGCAUUUGCUGCAGUUGCUUUAACCGAUCCAUCAAUUAUGUUGAUUGAUGAACCGACUUCUAAUUUAGAUUCAUAUUUAGCUAAAUCAUUAAUGCAUACUAUUCAUAUGUUUGCUGUAGAACGACGUCGAUCCAUCGUUGUUGUUUUACAUCAACCUACAACGGAUAUGUUUAAAUUUAUAGACACCCUCUGUGUAUUAUCUGAUAAUGGAAGACAAGCAUUUUUCGGGGAUGCACGUCAUGAAGCAAUAAAUUUCUUUACUGAUCAAUGUGGUUUAGAAGGAGAAUCACUCGAUGAAUUUAUCGAACAAGUCUCUUCUAAUAGUACCGUUGGUCAACAAGUAGCUGAUCGAUUUAGUACUAAUUUCAAAUCUUCUUUAAUUUCAUCUAUUGAAUCAAUAAAUGAUAAAUCUAUGAAAGAUUCAACAUUUGUUACUGUUAGUUUUUGGCGUCAAUUGAAAUGGCUUCUUUGGUAUUCAAGUGUAAGUGGAGUUCAUUUAUCAGUUCGAUCGACAAAAUUACCGUUUUGUCUACUUAUUAUGAGUAUUAUAUUUGGUCUGGCAUAUUUUCAACUCGAUCCUUCCGAAACACAUUACGUACGAAAUCUUAAUUCUGUUUCUUUUAUUAUUGGUGUGUCACUUAUUGUCAGUAGUAUGGGUGUGAUAGCAAUAAGUUUACUUAAUGAACGAAUACUUCUUAUUCGUGAUAUACAACGAAAAAUCUAUUCUAUUCAAGCAUAUUAUAUUGCAAAAUUUAUAUCCGAUUCAAUUUUUAUAAUUAUAAUAUCAGUUUUAUAUUCAAUUAUUAUUGUUCUACUUGUAAACAUGAAAGAACUUGGAUUGAUGACAUUAGUCGUAUCAUUAGAAACAUUAGCUGCUUGCGCUGUUGCAUCUCUUAUGGCAUCAAGUUCAUCAUCAAUUCUCAUCAUUUUACUUAUAUUACAUCCAUUAAAUAUUAUAUUGAAUCAAUUUUCUGGAGUUUACAUCAGUCUUCAAUCAAUACCUGACUAUUUCAUAUGGUUACAAUAUCUUUCCUAUUAUUACUAUGGUUACACGUCAAUGUUAAUUCUCCAGUGGCGUAAUGUAACUACUGCUCAAGAACCUUGUGAAAAAGCUACCAAUAGUACCUUUUCAACCUCUCCAGCUAUUUGUUAUCGAAGUGGUACAGCUAUUUUAAACGAACAUGGCAUUCAACAACAUAAUUUAAACUUUAAUUUAUUAAUGCUUGUAACGCUUAUUUUAGGAUAUCAUAUAGUAUCAUUUAUCAUUCUAUUUAUUCGCAUUCGACGAAUUUCAAAAUAA